UUCCCCGCCACGCGUUAUUUUUGUCUUCUUUUUUCUUUUAACUUAGCGACUCAAAAUGCGGUUAAUUAGCCACUUAACCCAAUUGUUUAUUUUUUUAAACGUAAUAUCUUUUAUUGAUUUUUCUGUGAGCUCGAAAUCGAAAAAGAGUUCAACUUCGUCGUCGUCGUCGCGGGAUUUCUUGGAAAAGGAAGGUAAACAAUGGUCGAAAGUGUCCUGCAAAAACAUCAAAAAAGAUCACAUCAUGAAACUUAGAGCCAAGAAAUCAACUGACCAGCUAAUGUCUUGCCUUAUAAAGGCUUUGAAAGAGUCAAAUGAUGCCUUUUUAUGGAGUGUUCUUGGGGAGUCAUAUCAGAAAUUACAAGCUAACACUAAAGCAGCGAACACAUGCUUCAAGGAAGCUUUAAAGCGAGGUGGAAAAUUGUCAAAAUUUAUACCGAAGUGGCACUUCAUUGGACCAUUUGUUAUUGGCAAGGGAGAGGUCGAUGGAGAUCCUGUGGAGGAGUGGGGUGGGAUCAAGAAUAUCUCGCAGUACAGAUGGGAUAAAAAAUUUUUUCUGUAUUCGGAGCUGGUGCCUGGAGGAGAGAUUAAGUGGAUGGAAGUCAAUCAAAAAGCAGGUGCCGAACCGGUAGCUGUUGCACCACCUGUAAACUGGAAUGAUUUAGUGAUGUCCUUACAAUCAAUGGGAAUAACUGAAUGGCAGGGAUGGGUCCUAGGAGAUUUUUUUGUCAAUGAAGAUGAUGCCACAGUACUGGUGCAAUGCCUUGGAGUGCAUACUGUAUAUAUUGAUGAUUCUGUCUUGACAGGAGAUGUGUACAGAAGAGAUCAGUUUUGGUCAUCUAUUAAACUAUCUCGUGGAAUACAUACCCUAAAGCUUCGUCUCAGGACCAAGGGAUCCAUUGCAUUCACAUAUACUAUUAAACUUUUAGAGACAAAACAAACAUUCCAAGUUUUAUCUCCUUCGUUUUUACCUGAUCUUGUUGAUGGAAAGCUCUUCUCAACAUUUAUCUCAAUUCCCAUUAACAAUUUACAUAGCUCUAAUUGGCUAAAAGUGACCAAAGUUUCUACAGUGAAAGAAUCUUCUUCGAAUCCCCAGUUUUCUGUGAGGCUGACAGCUGAGGACAAAGCUUUUGCUAUAGCUCCUGGGCAAGUGCGACCAAUUAAAGUCAUUCUAGAAUACAAAAAUGGAAAGCAAUAUAACUUGGAUGACGACACUUGUUCUGAUGUGAAACUUUUAAUAAAAAUUGGCACCAAUAAAGGACAAGAUCAGAAGAUUACAAUAAAUUUUAGAUGCCGCAGAAUAAGCCAAUCAUUUUUGUUUACAUUUCUUGACCAUGAUGCUUCAGUUCAGCAUGGUGCAGCCAUUGUUCCCUUGGUGUCUUGCCCUUCAGGAGUCUGUCCUGCACUGCUGACUCUGCAUGGUACAACUGUGCCUCCACAAAAUCAAGCUGACAGCUACAAACGAAUGGAGAAGGGGAAGUGGGUGUUUGGUGUUGACCAUCUGUGGCUUGUGGCACCCACCAGACAUGGGGCUCAUAACUGGGAGGGGCCUGGAGAGCUUACGGCUAUGAUGGCCCUUAGAAGCUUAGCCAAGCUCACAAAAGAUGCUCCAUGGAUUGGACCUCAAGCUGAUGCAAACCAAGUUGUGUUUGCAGGGCAUUCCAUGGGUGGACAUGGAGCAUGGCAGCUUGGUACCCACUAUCCAGACAAUGCCCUGGCCUUAGUUUCGGCAGCUGGUUGGAUCAAGAAAGAAGAUUAUGGAGACUCCAACUUGUUCUUCCGUCAUGACAUCAGCACAAGUCACACCUCUCCUUCAGUGAAGAGUAUACUAGAGGCUUGUUCUGCAGAAAAUGAUGCUGAUAAGCAUGUAACAAAUUUACAUGGAGUGCCAGUUAUGAUAAGGAUUGGAGCAGCUGAUAGGACAGUGCAUCCUUAUUUCACACGUCGCAUGUUCCGUCUUUUGCGGGAACAGAGGACCAAUGUCACGUACUCUGAGAUAGCAGACAAAGAACACUGGUGGUGGGAUACAUACAAGACAAAUGAUGGAGGCGUNNAUAACAAUUACUUUAUUAAAUUGUUCUACUUUUUUCAUUGAGGUCACUGUGAGAAAGAUGGAGAUUGCAGCUCAGCUGAUACAACAGAGAAAUACAAAUCCUUUUCUGCCCAAACAACAGAUCGAAACACUGCAGGAAAUGGGAAGUUUCAGCUUACUGUGUAUAACCCAGUUGCAAACACAGGUUUGAGAGGUGUGCGUGUUAUGCAACAGAUUAUUCCUUUCCGUAAAAGUUCAAUUGAAAUUUUCUUCAGUUCAAAUUUGGUUGUCCUGACCACUGUAAAUGUAGCAAGGAUCUGCCUUAAAGAGCCCUCCAUAUCUCCUGUGUCAUGGCAUAAAAGAUCAGUUAAGGUCGACGGAACUGUGGUCAGUGGUAUGAAAUAUCAAGUUUUCGCUUCCUCUUAUUCAGGUACCUCAUCUCAAGCGAAUCACAUUACCACAACCUUGAGGCAGUUUGCAGUGUAUAUAGCGAACCUCUUCUUUUUAACGUCUGACGCCUGGGUGCCAGUCGUUUCUGAUACUGACUUAAACCAGGAAACCGCUGAACAGUAUAACUUGAUACUCGUUGGAAGUCCUCAAGAAAAUUCUUGGAUUAAACAAUUUCACGAGAAAGUCCCCUUGAAGUACGAGAGUAACACUCUGGUUUUGGGUCGUUGUACAUUCUCCUCUCCCCAGACCGGCGCGGUUUUCCUGGCACCACACGCUGGCUCUCGCCUGGCAUUAAUUAUUACUGGGAACUCCAUUGAUGGCAUUCGAGACGCCGUGAGCCUGGCCACGCCCACGAUUCCACCGAUGACAAGAUCGCCGUUUUCAAAUAUGGUUCCUGAUUACGUUAUAACCGGUCCGAUGUUCCGUUCUCAUGGGCCCGGUGGCUACCUUUGCACUGGAUUUUGGAACAACCACUGGGGUUUUGGAAGAGAGAUAUCGUCAUGUGUUUGUUGAUCUGUGAAAGAGGCCGAUAAGAUGUACGUGUGUCACGCCUUCUUCAAAAUAGUUGGUCACUCUUGUGUCACGCAAUCUCCUGAUCUUAAGUGAGGCCUAUUAAGGAAUGUGCGAUUACAGUGGGUGAUUAAAUAUAUAAACAAAUAGAAUUGUGUACUAAGACGUCCACCAAGUGAAUCUUCGUCAAGGAAAGAAUUGAGUAUUGAGUGUUGUGCUUUGAAGAACUUAGCGAAAAUACUUUGAUGCAUAGAUGAGAACCAAGCAACAUAUUCAACCCAUGCAUGACACAAGCUCCCGUUUUAAAACGAAGCUGGAGCCUCUGAUAUGAACACUGGUUUUUAUUAUCAAGGCAAAAAUAGCAAUAUUGAUAUUGGUGCUAUAUAAGUAUUAUUAUAAAAAAGUCAUUUUCGCAAGUAAUUUGUUGGCACUUAGCCUCAUUUCUAAAGUGAGGCAGUUUAAAUUUAGGAUCGAGGCCAUGGCGGACGAAAGCAAGCGUACAACCUCAUUUCGAAAGUGAGGCAGUUUGAAUUCAGGACCGAGGCCAUUGCGGACGGAAGCAAGCGUUCAACCAUUGUGUAAUCACAAAUGCAAAAUUAAAAAAAAUGCGCUUUGCAUUUUGUAAUUGA